AUGACGUCAUCGAAAAAUGCUGUCGAUUAUAGAAAUUACAAUCACAUCGUCCAGAAAGAAUUAUUCACAAAAUUGAUCACCGAACUGGACAUAAAACCUGGGUUCAGAUGUCUUGACAUUGGCUGUGGACCUGGUAAUUUUACUAAACUUUUAGUUGAUUGUGUGGGACAAGAUGGAUAUGUUCUUGGUAUUGAUCCUGAUGAAGACAGAAUAAAUCUUGCGAAAAUAACAUACACUGAUUUUCCUAACUUAGAAUUUUUGUGUGUAAAAGCUCAAGACAUGCCAACUGAUCUACAAAAGUUUGAUGUUGUCUUUUCAAGCUGUGUAAUGCAUUUCUUAACAAACGUAGAGAAAUGGAGAACAUUUGAGAAUGUUUUUAAGACACUUACAUCUCAGGGUACCUUUAGUUUCGGUUGCCCAUUAGAAAUACCUGCCGCUAUAAAAGAGGUUUAUCGUCACGUAGAAGACCAAAAUAUCGUACCUUUUUUCGUGAAUUCAGAACAACCAACGGUUAAAAUAUACGAACAAAAGUUAACAGAAGUUGGCUUCAAGGUUAUGAAAAUAAAUGUUGUAGAGAACACGUUUGUUUUUCAAACUUUGGAUCAAUAUUUAGUGUGGCUGAGCGCAUCGGUGAAAUCGGAAAUUGACAUUAUUGAGUUGUGUCGCAAACAUGAAAAUCAUUUGAAUUUGGAAAGAAACAAAAAUGGAGAAUACUUGUUAAAGAACCAUUACGUUUUUGUUUAUGCGCAAAAAGCUUAA